AUGUCUUAUCACGAGAGGAAAUAUUCCUUGGAAAAGACCAAUAGUAUAGUACCACCCAAUGAAGGUAGGAGGAGUCCUGGACCACUUCAAAAAUCGGAAAAUGAACCCGUUCCUGAAACUUUUUCAAAAAGGAGUAGAAGCGGGAGUAGUGGUUCUCUGUUACUGACAUUACCUACAAUAUUCAAUAGUUUAAGAACUGGAGAUAGAAAAGAUUCCGAUUCUUCAACGGAAAGUUCCAAUAUUUUGCAUAAGAUCUUUAGUGGUAAUAGGGAUAAGUCUAACGAAUCAGCUAUUGAUCAACUGCCAUUAGCAUCAAGAAGAGGCUCUAAUGCUAAAUCUCCCAGAAAUUCCAUAAGUAAGAUAAAGUCUAAUGAAGAUUUAGAAGUGGAUGUGUUUGAAAAUGUUGGUAGAAUCAAAAUACCGUCUGUGUUUGUAGAAGAUGGUUUAUCAUUAUUGAAGAUAUCCCAAAAAUCUAAAAAAAGAAUUUUUCUUCAGAUUGAUCCAAGUGAUUUGACUUUUACCUGGAGAGUUGCAAGCAAAAGUCAAGGACAAGUACCGUCAUCUUCUUCAUUGCAAGGGUUGAAAGGAUAUUUAUCAUCCACCAUUCAUUUCAGUAAACUGUACAAAUUUUCUAUAGAUGAUGUUAAGAAAGUUCUAUUUCAACUGGAUGCUAGGUAUUACAGAGAUGAGUUGAACAUUUCAAAAGAACUAGAGAAACAAUGGAUCUCCUUAUCAUAUUAUGAUCAUGCUAAGAACAAGAUCAAAACGUUGCAUUUGGUAGGAGACACAGAAUUUGAUGUCAAGCGAUUUUAUACUCUUAUCAAUAAUUUGAAAAAAUUAAGGGAUGAACUUUCAGAGAAAUUCUAUAUUGAUUUUGAUAAUAUGGAUGAUGAACAAAGAGAAUUUGUGGCUAACAAGACCAUCAGUGCUAAUAAGACUUCCAAAGAAUACUUAUCUUUUGAGGAUAUAGUUAAAUAUACUGGGAGAUUGAACAUCAAUAUCAACACCGGAUACCUUAGAUCGAUUUUUGAUCAACUAGAUUGUAAAUUGUUGAUCAAUGAUACACCUGUGUUGAAUUUUGAAGGAUUCAAACAAUUUAUUGCAUUAUUAAAAAGAAGAAACGAUAUUGAUGAAAUUUGGAACGAGAUAUGCCCCCCUAAUCAGCAGACCUUGAGUUAUAAGUACAUACGAUCAAAAAUAGAAGAAAUACAGCAUGAAGAGAUUACGGAGAAAGUGUUCGAGAAAUUCUGUACUAUCGGAACAAGUAUGUGGAAUUCAGAAAGUUUAAACCAAUUUUUAUUAUCGAAAUAUUGCAAGCCAACAUCCGAAGGUGUUCAGGAUGAUGAGUAUUAUAGUAAACCAUUGAAUGAAUAUUUUAUUUCAUCAUCACAUAACACAUAUUUAACAGGACGUCAAAUAAUAGAUGAAUCUUCGUCUGAAGGAUAUGUGAGAGCCUUACAGAAAGGAUGUAGAAGUAUUGAGAUAGAUCUUUGGGAUGGAAGUGAUGAUGAGACCGAUGAAAUUAUUCCUGUAGUGAGACAUGGUAGAGCUUUCACUUCAGCAAUUAAAUUUGAACAUGUAUUGAUGACUAUCAAGAAAUAUGCUUUUGUUGCUAGUCCUUUACCAUUGAUUUUAAGUCUUGAAAUUAAUUGCUCAGCAUUAGCUCAAACCAAAAUCGUUCAACUUCUAUUCGAAAUCUUAGGUGAUUUACUAGCUAUUGAACCGCUAAAUACCUUGGGUAUCUUACCGAGCCCUUUGGAACUAAAAAACAAGAUUUUAGUUAAAGCUAAAAAAACUUCUCCUAUCGAAAACUUUCACCUUAAUGAGAAUGGAACUUUCUCCACAUCCACAUCAACCACAUCUAUGAGUGAAGAUAGUUUAUCGUCAGUGAGUUCCAAUUCAUCUUCUACCCUUUCACCUUCAAAGCCUAAGAAAUCAAAAUCUAAGCAAGUGAUUGAUGAAUUAUCUUCAAUGGCUAUUUAUAUUCAAGGUAUAAGAUUUAGAAAUUUUUCAUUGCCUGAAUCCAAAACUUUUAAUCAUUGCUUUUCAUUGAAUGAAAAAGCCAUUGAUUCCAUGUUGAACAAUGAAUCUCAGAGGAAAUCUGUUGAUAAACAUAAUAGAAGAUUUAUAAUGAGAGUUUAUCCCCAUAAAAUGAGGCUUACGUCAACUAAUUUCAAUCCGAUCAAGUACUGGACCCAUGGAGUUCAAAUGGUAGCUACUAAUUGGCAAACUUAUGACUUAGGUCAACAGAUCAAUGAAGCUUUAUUUGAUGGUAUGAAUAAGUAUGGGUACGUACUCAAACCUAAAGACAUAAGAAAACCAUUACUUAAACAAACCAUGAGGAACUUACUCAACUUUGAAACCAAGACCAUUCAUUUCAAUUUCAAAAUCAUCAGUGGUCAUCAGUUACCUAAAUUGAAUCAAACUUUCAACAUUAAUCCCUUUGUUAGAUUUGAAAUCAUUGGAGCAGAAGAAGUUGAAUAUGAAACCAAUCAAACUAAAACUUCAAUUAUCAAUGAAAAUGGUUUCAAUCCUAUUUGGAAUGAAUCGUUCUCAGGUACUUUAAAAUCGGAUGAAUUAGUAUUCAUCAAAUUCAUUGUCUGCACUUCAACAGGGAAAGAUGAAGAAUCCGUCCUAGGAGUAUUCGUUUGCAAACUCGAUUAUUUGAAGAAAGGGUACAGGUACCUUCCUUUGAAUGACACAAUCGGGGAAAAACUAAUCUACUCAUCAUUAUUUGUACAUAUAGAUUAUCAAUCUUCAUGA